AUGGAUUCAGAACGAGAGCCUUUGCUUUAUAAUUCGAAGAAUAAAGAGACUGAAGAAAGGGUGAAAAAGAGAAAUGUGCUUAUUCUUGGGCUUGGCUUUUUCUUCGUUUACACUGGUUAUCUGACCGCUGCUGGAACUUCUGAAACCAUGCUUCGUUCUUUCAGCUACCGAACCGGCAAAACAUCGAAUGGCUUCAUUUCCCUCGGAAUCAAUGCUUUGUUCAAUGGAGUCACUGCUCCCUUCGUUCCGAUUCUUUUUCGUCUUAUGUCUCGCCGGACCACGAUGUUUUUAGGAGCUUUGCUGACCAUCAUUCUCGGAAUAAUCACAACCGUCGGCGGCCUCGUCUUCCUCCUCUCCAAGCCCGAAGUUUCUCAUCUCCCAACUUCGUCUUCAUCAAUCCUUUCCGAAUGCAAAUCGAACUUCCUCGCAGCGUUCAAAAUGGCGAAAAAGAGACCAGUUCAGCUUUUGAUGCCGGCGAUGGCGCUACUUGGCUUGGAAAUUGCUUUCUAUCAACUGGCGAUGCCAACUUGUAUCGGAACGACACAUGAGCUGGAUGACCCGAAAGGGAGUGUUGGAUUGGUGAUGAUUUUUCUCGGCGCUGGAGAGCUUUUGGGGACGUUUUGUCAGCUAGCUGCGUCAAAAAUGCCCCCCAUGGAUUCAAGAAUCGCUCAAGUAACCGUCGGAACCGCCCUCUAUAUCAUCGCUUCAGCUAUCAGCUUCUGCAUGUUUCCUGAAGAAUGCACGAUUCACGAGACCUUCACCGAAGGAAUCAUCAAACCUCGCCGCUGGAUUCUCUUGCUUUGCGCUGUGAUUUUCGGCUUUUACGAUUGUACAAUGCAAAUGUGCAUCAAUCAAAUGUUUGGAACGCUUUUUCGAUCUGAGGAAGAAUCUGGAGGGUUUUACGUCUUGCUCAAUCUGAUUCUUUGUGCGACUCUUACUGCUGGAUUUAUGGAAGUGCUUUCAAAUGACCUAUGA